CCCCCGCCCGCCGCCUUUUACCCGCCACCUCCGCCGUCCGCUCGUCCGAGGCAGCCCUGCGGAGCUCGGGGCGGCGGCGCCCCGGCGCCGGCCAUGGCCGUGCCAGCCGCGCUGCUCAGCCCUCACCACCUCCUCUCCUUCUGCUUCCCCGCCGCGGGCGGCCUCCUGGGCUAUGCGGACCUGGAGAAGGGCUAUGAGGGCGGCGGCGGCGAUGCGGAGGACUUCAAAGAAGCUACCAGGGACCUGCUGAGCUUCAUCGACUCGGCCUCCAGCAACAUCAAGCUGGCGCUGGACAAGCCGGUGAAGUCCAAGCGGAAGGUGAACCACAGGAAAUACCUGCAGAAACAGAUCAAGCGCUGCACCGGCAUCAUCGCCGCCGCCCCGCCGCCGCCCCCCGCUCCGCUCCCGCCGACCGCCGCCUCCUCCUCCCCUCCCGCCGUCUGCCCCGCCAAGCCCCCGCCGCGCCGGGAGGCCUCGCAGGCGGCCAGCAGCCUCCAGAGCAAGAGCCUGGCGGCCCUCUUCGGCUCCCUGCAGCAGGGCCGGGGGCCGGCGGGCAGCGGCGGAGAAGCGGCGGGCGGCGGGGCGGCGGGCGGCGGGGCGGCGGGCGGCCCGCGGAAGGUGCCGCUGCGGGACCGUAACCUGCCGCCUUCCUUCUUCACGGAGCCGGCGUUGCCUCCCGCUGCCCGUGGACCGCCGCCGCCAGACAAGGAGCUGGAGAAGGGCAGCGGCGGUGGAAGCGGCGCGGAGGCGACCGAGUUCUUCGAGCUGCUGGGCCCCGAGUACGGUGCGCUGCUGCCCGAGCACGCCGCUCCGCCGGACGCCUUCCCUGGCGGCGGCACCGCCCGCCUGCCCGCCGAGCUGGGCCUGGAGCACGGCCUCUACGAGUCGCCGCUGCCGCUGCCCGCCGCCCACCACCCGCUGCUGGGCGGGCUGCUCUAUCCGGAGCCACCCUGGAGCCCGGCCGGGCCCUGCAGCCCGCCCAAGAAGGCGCCGGCGGAGGCGCUGCGCCCACUCUACCCUGGAGGCGGGGAUCCAACCCCCAGCGGCGGCGGCGAGGAGGCGGCCGGGCACCUCUCGGCGGGGUUCGCCCCCUUCUUCCCCGAAUGCUCGCUGCCACCGCCACAGGUGUCCUACGACUACAGCGCCGGCUACCACCGCUCCGCCUUCUCUGGCAUGUAGGGCCACGCCGAGGGUCUCGGCCCUCGCCCUGAACCGCUCCGCCCGGGACGAUGAAAUGGGGGGAAGGGGGAGCGGGCCAGCCCACCCUCGGGGACCUGACGGACGCUCGGAGGAGAGCGGGGGCUUCCCGGCGCUCGCUCCCGGGCAGCAGGCUCCGCUCGCCCCACCAGAAGUGUCUGUGUGUAUGUCUGUCCCACCCGAAACCACAGCCACGGCUCCCGCAGGAUUCACCCUUGUGCUCCAGGAGUUGCCUCCUCCUGCGGUUUGGGAGACGCUACAAAUAAAAUGUGAAAUUAUGGGUUACUUCAGGUGUUUUUCUAGCGGCCGGUGACUACCUUUCCUUAGCCUUCCUUAGGGGUCAGAUGUUGUCUUACUGUAGGCAGAGGCGGCUCGGUGUGCCUGUCGUACGCGACGUUGCAACGGGGGCUGCUCUUGCGGGCAGCCGUGACCACUUGUCAGUUAUUUCAGUCUAAAAGUGAAAGUCUGCCCAGGCUCG